ACCCUUUGGUGUGUUUACAAGACAGGAUCCACUGGGCAGCAAAAAGCAAGCUCUCCACAGCCUGUGACAGAGCAGAGCCCUUGGACAGCAGUGUUAACCUCCAGCAAAGGAGCCAUUGCUGCUCCAGAGUGGUCUGGGAACAUCCUCCUCCUGGCUGCUGCUGGCUGGGGUGAGCGGCACCGCAUGGAAGCAGGGUUGACUCUGCAGGGAGUUCCACUGCACAGCGGGCACAGCCUGGGGCGAUCUUCAGCACGGACUUUUCUGUCACACAGGCAGAUAUUCCAGUAGCCCCUCUUUGCCACUCUCACUGGCCGCAACACUUCGUCUGGAGCCGUGAGCUUCUGCCGUGUAGCCAUGGACAGGUCGGAGUCUCUGCUCCUUUCCCGGCACAGGGGAGUCACCUCUAACUUGGACCUGGAGAACAAGAAAACUGCCCACUCUAAAUUGUCAUGGCAACAGCCAGUGAAUGUAUUCCUGACCUCAGGCCGGCCACCAUGCAUGGAGGAGCUGCACCAGGAGGCCCAGCUCAAUCUUCAGAGCUUGCUGCAAGAAGAGUAUGAGGAGCAGUACACAGAUACCAGAGUCACUGGUCAGACCUUCCGUUGUUCUAGCCACCAACCUUCAGACACACCCCCUGAGCCGUCCCCCAGACCACCACCUGCCAAGCGCCUGGAGUUUGUGUUCAUGCCCACAAAUCGGCAAGAGAAUGAAGAUGAGACUGCUACAGCAGGCGUGAGGCCCCCCAAGUCCUCCCUAAGCCUGCCCACCACCCCAGACAGGCCAACAGGCUGGGCUAAACCCUUUCCCCUGCCUGUCGUGGAAGAGAAGAAAUGGCAUCAAUCGUGCUCCACCCAGGCCAACAUUGUCCCCAUCAACAUCUCAGGAGAGCACUUUGCUAGGCACGCGAGUGCACGUCACUCCUUGUUUAACACAGAGACUGCGAUGAACCCCAAGUCCACCCUGCGGCGCAGACGGACCAUUAUUGGAUUCCCUAACCUUUCGCUGCGAGACCAAGGCAAUAGCAAUGGCCCAACAUUCAGUCCACAUGCAACCAUAGUGGAGUCUGCAUCAUGCAGCUUUGUUCCUGAGGUUGGUAAUGGGAGAUACUCAACACAUGACGCUGGCACCCCGCGGCCUCUGCCAGCUCCACUGAGAAAGACAUUCAGUGAUCUAGGGGAGACCCUGCAAGCACAUUGCUGCCAGGCCCCUACAAAGAUGGAGAGCAUAGGCACAACCUACACCAGUCCUUCUUGCAACAGACCAAAGGACUCUACUUUCUCCCACUCUUGGAAUGCAAGUUCCUUCAACUAUAUGAGCCCAUCAAGUCCAGUCACAAGCCAGAGCAAACAAGCCAAUGAAAACAUGUGUUCUUCACCAUGCAGUUCCAAGGUGUCUCCAGACAUAGGCUCACCUGUGACCAGUGACAGCACAACCUCCUUCUUCAUUGGUAAAGACAACCCCAUAGGAAGCAACGGGUCCAGCUCAUUCUGCAGUGCUCCUGAGUCAUCCAUGAAUGCUGUAGGCAGCCGGAAGCCAGAGGGGAAAGAAGCCAAGGUGAACUUCUUGCCUAGCAGUGCAGAAGAUGCAGAGCCCUCCCAGGUGGAAAUGGACAGAAGUGCCUGUAGGUUCCGUGAGCGGUCAUUGUCCGUGCCUACAGAUUCAGGUUCUCUUUGUUCUGUGGAUAUCAUGUACACUGAGAACCGUCGAGGCAGCGCCAAUUACGCACUGAGCUACCCCAGUGCCAGCUCUGAAGGCAGUACAAGUACAGAUAAUAUCUCCUUAGGUUUGGAGCAGGAUGACCAGCAGAGGCGACGCUCCAAAAGCAUCUCUCUCAAAAAGGCUAAGAAAAAGCCCUCCCCACCUACACGCAGUGUCUCUUUAAUUAAAAAUGGUCAGGUCAUCAAAGCAGAAUCUGGUUCAGUGUUGCCAAAGGACCAGAGACCCAAGAGCCUUUGCAUCCCAUUAGAUCACCAGGGACAUAACUUUGUGCACACAGAUGCCCAGGGUAACACAGCAGUGCCUCCCACAAGGGACCAGGACAAUAUGCAUUUUUCUCAUCAGUGGUAUCUCAUGGACUGGAAGUCCAGUGAUCCUUAUCGGUCUCUGUCCAGUUCCAGUACUGCCACAGGUACCACUGUGAUCGAAUGUGUUAAGGUGCAGGGCAGCUCUGAGUCCCUUAUCUCCCCCUCCAUUUCCAGAGCCACCACACCUUCCCAGCUCUCCACUGAGGUGGACAUGAAAACCUCCUCACCAGGGAGACCCACUGGGCUGAUGUCCCCCUCCAGCGGCUACUCCAGCCAGUCAGAAACCCCAACACCAACCGUCCCCACGUCAGCCAUUCUCGGACACUCUCCACACCAGACCAGCAGGGUGAGGCCACUGGUCCCUGAAAGAAAGUCAUCACUGCCCCCGGUAUCGCCUAUGGAGAGGAGCCCUAAGUCUAGACUAUCCUUUGACUUGCCAAUUAAUCCACCAACACACCUGGACCUUUCAGGGCUAAAGAUCUCUCUUAAGGGUAAGACCAAAGUGAGCAGGCAUCAUUCUGACUCCACAUUUGGAACGAAGCUUAGCCAGAAGACAAGCACCAUCCAGCCCAUCAUGCCUGUGGUCACACAGUCAGACCUGAGGUCAGUUCGUUUGCGCUCUGUCAGCAAGUCAGAACCAGAGGACAAUAAUGAUAGCCCAGACCAUGCUGAGGAACAGAGAGAAGAUGUCUUCUCCCCUCCUGAGAGGAAAGUGAAGCCCCCGGUACCAGAGAAGCCACCAUUAGCCAGGAGACCCCCAAACAUCCUUCACAAGCAACCACCUUUACAGGAGGAGUCCCCCCUAGCAUCCCCAACCUCCCCUCUGACUCCACCAGGUGCCACUGCCAGAGAGAAGGCACUGUCACAAGACAUGUACGUAGCCAUCCGGAAACCCAAGCCGAAGAUUUCUGAUGAUAGGAGCCCUGGGGAGCCCCCUUUGCCCCUGGCAGCUGCACUACCGUCCCCUCAGGGCUCUCAGGGGAUGUUUUUCUCAGGAACACAGAGACUGUCUCAGAGCAGCCUGGAAGACGAGCUGCAACUGGCACCAGAGAGGAGCAAUGUCCCCAGUGGUCCUGAUGGGGAGAAGAGGAAAGCCAAGAUCCCUCCCCCGGUUCCAAAGAAGCCCAGUGUGCUCUACCUGCCACUCAUCACUCCCUUGUCCCCACAGGGGCCCAGUCAGGGAGAACACAGGUUGACGCCUAGCCCUAUCAUCACGCUGGAUGAAGACAACAGCUGCUGUGACCCAACCAUGAGUGACCUGCUGCCACCCGCAGCACAGGAGAAGACAGUGAACUCUCCAGUUGUUGAUGUGUCUGGGGAGAGUCCUUCAGAGAAUUCAAUGGAGUUUGGUGCUGAAGAGAAGAGUUUUGUAAGUGAUAAAACAGCAGAGUCAAUAGUAGAGGAAGAUGAUGAUGUGUUUGUGACAUCCCGCACAACAGAGGAUUUAUUCACUGUGAUCCACAGGUCAAAGAGGAAGCUGCUUGGGUGGAAGGAGCCAGGUGACUCCUUUGGCAGCAGACCAAAUUCUCACUCACCAGUCAAGAACACAUCAGGGUCCCCAACCAGCGAAUCCCCCACAGCAACUGUUGUUAUUGGGAAAACUUCAAGCAGGAAUGAAGACUUUAAGGCCCUGCUACAGAAGAAAGGCAACAAGACCAGUCCUGGGACUCGCACCUCUGCAGCCGAACUGCUCAAGACCACAAACCCUUUGGCUCGGAGAGUCAUGACAGAGUUUGCCUCAGAGUUGGAUAAUGUAAGUGGACCCAAAAGCCAGCCCUAACCACAGUUAAUUCUUCUUGACCAAGACACGUUUGAGCAGGUUGGAAGAGCAUACACUGGUGGAUGGUAGUUUUAUGCUAACUCUUAACCCAGUUACAGCUCAUGGGGGUUGCUCCAUUACUAGUUAACAGCAUGGAUGCAUCCUGUCCUGCUAGGAUUUUUAUCUUUCUUUUCAUUUCUUUAUUGGCAAUUGCGAAUCAUUUUUUGUUUCUCCCUGGGGAGAAGAUAAAUGUUUUAAUGAAAGAGCACACACCCCUCCUAUGUACACAGCUUCGUGUCAGCAUUUCUGGUGGAGAUACAGCAAUUACAUUUUGGAGUGGAAAGAGAUGGAUGUGAAGUGGAGGGGAUGGAUGAUCAUUGCCACUGGAGGCAUCGUCAGAUGAUGCUGGCCUUCCUGUUUGUUCCUACCCUUUUCCAGGUUCUGAUGAGGAGGGCUGAAUUGUUCCCUGCUCUUUUGGGAAUUACAAGGAGACUCCAUUUCAGCCCCACUUGUAAUUCAUCAUCCACAAUGAAAAUAGCUUGAGACUGUUCCAUCACUUUGGCAUGUGGUACUUUAAAUGGCUUUUAUAAUGCAAAAUUGUGAUAAUGCUUAUUUCUCUUUCAUUUGACCUUGUAAUUUGAGUUUUCCAUGUAAAGGUCAUGGUGUUGAGUUCAGUUGGACAGAUGGAAUUUCUCACUGGAAGGAGCCAGUUAGAAUGUGUAGGUUGCUUUGGAAGAACAAGAUUCUUCAAGGUGGUUCCCAUUGUUCAUUCGAAGCAACCCUUACUGACUCAACUGCAAGGUACUAAUAUGUCCGUGACUCCUUUCACCAGUGAUCUUAGCUCUUGAUACCAAAAUCUAGGUAAUCAGCUGAAAGCCCCUGACAGUGCUGCAUUUCAGAGAACCAUUUCUGUUCUCAGACCCAAAGGUAGUAACAUCUGAAAAAGCAUUAGAGUAUUUACACUCAGAGUAGCAAUCACAAUCAUUUUGAGCCCCCAGUCCUGCCCUGAGCUCCACAUGCACAGGCCUCAGCACCUGUGCUAAGCCCAGCAGGAAUCCACAUGCUGCUGGGAAAACACAAUCUGCUCUUCACAGAACUGGAGCCACUGGGAUAAGCAGGUGUAGCUCUGUUUAUCUUCAAAGGAAAUGUGGAAGCAGAAGAAAUCAGGUGAAAAUCUCAAGGGUCAUUUUAAACUGAGGCAUGUAAGCGUCAUUUCUAAAUCUGCACAUCUCCUCCACAGGGUCUGUGUAUUUCCUAAGAUGGAAGUGCAUUGUGAAGAGGCUCUGAACUUGGCAUCACUAGGAACCUCCAUUGCCUUCUGGAGAGAGCUGUGACCUUCGAAAAUACUGCUGAGAAAGGCCAGGAGGCUGGACUAGAUAAAGCAUAGCCUGUCUCUUCCUGUCUGAGCCCCAGCAUUUGAGGGACUGGCCCAAUAUGCUCUUUCCAAAUAAUGUUUCAUUUAGCUCCAUGAUUCAAGAAAUGACUUUACCAUCUGGAACUAGUCCAUUCCAAUGAAAUUAAUAUUGUGCAUAUCUCAGGAGUACUGGGCAUGUAUUAUGUUCCUUCAUAAGAGCAAACAUGCUUAUCUUCCUCUCAUCUAAUCUACCUGCCUCCCUUCUUCCCUACCUGCUUACAUAUAGGAUUGCUAAGGUGUCUGUACCUUAGUAACUAAGUGCACUUUACCUUUGUGGGGAUCUGCUCCUCAUAAAUGUACAGGAUGCCAUUCCUUGGAAUUACACCUGGGAUGACCUAGGCCCACAGCCUUCCAAUUCAUGUGUGUUGUGGGCACCACAUGGGCAUCCUGUUCUGCUCAUGUUUGUCAGACAAGUGGCAUUUGGUUUGAUGAAAAGGCACAAGUUGCAGCUGAGUUUUAUACAGGUUGCCCAAGAGAAGCAACUUCUCUUGAACGCGGAGACAAUCACUGAGGCAGCCCUGGUUUCAUUCCCUGCCCAGCUCCAUUAAAUGCUGUCAGGCUGUUCCAGGCAUGUUCCUUUGGUUGGCUUUAUUGCAUGCUGCUCAAGAGCUGGCAUGGUGGGCAUGGUAGGUCCCAAAGAUCGCCAGGGUGGCCACUAUGGUACAGUCUGUCAGCAUGUGCUCCCCACUGGCAUAUACACUGCAAUCCCUUAAGCCUGCCAGACUUCCAGCCUCCCUGUGGUUAUGGGUUUUGCUAACAGGAGUCCCAAGUUCUUAGCCUGGAUCUCAGAGUUGAGGAGCUUUGUGAGUGAGCUUUGCUCUAAUCCUCAUCCAACCCUUGCUGUAAAAUAAUCACCCCCCGCCCCCAUGAUCUCCCUACCACUGUGCAGGCAGCCUCCAUACUCUGAUGAUUUGGCGCCAAAUGCAAGUGGCUUUUAAAUGAAAGCUGCUUAGAUGUUAUCCACACCAAGAUUAGCUCUUUUCAUUAGUGAAUCAAGGCCCAAUCAUGUAGGCUACCGAGGGCCCACAGCCAUGGGCUGACUUCCUCCCACUUGCUGUCAUGACACAGUGAACAUUCAGUUCCAUCUCCCUGAGAGUUCCUGCAGGAAUAAUUAAAAAUAAAAAAUGAAUGGGAAACACUUCCACAGUGACUUGCAUUACUGCAGUGAGCACUUUUUACUUAGAAAUGCAGUGCUCAAGGAGGGACCCUUACAGCAGAGCAUGAUUGGUGGCAGUCUUGUUGCACUGACAUGGUUGGCUGACAAGGACAUGGUCUUGUUGCACUGCGUCCUACAGGUGGUUUGGCACAAAGCACCAAAACUGGAGAAUGCUACAAUAAGCUGCAGGAUCUUCACAAGGGAAAGGACUGAGUUGGAGUUGCUGUUUUUGGUUGCUAUUUUUGGUUGUGUUAUUCACAGGUUAAGCAUUUGGGCCUCUGGGAUAUAUGCAAGGCUCCAUGAGCUUUAAAAGAAAGAUUAUUUGUCUGAAUAUUUGCACAUGUGAAGAAGUCAUGUUGUUCGUGGUUUAGAUUCUUCGGUUUUAAACAUUCCAAAAGCCCAGUCGGAGAGUAGAAAUAACCUGGAUGACUUUACUGCUAAGUCACACUGCACACACCCUGGCUAGUGAAGAGUCAAAGAGAACAGCCACCAAACCAACUGCAGAAAAAAUCAGUGAAUCUUUCAUGAACUGGUGAAUUUUGGAAAAUAAAAACAUUUGCAGAUAGUCAGGAACAGCUUGUGUACAAGAAAAAACUAGCUGAGCUUACCAUGCAGCAGCUGACCACCUCUACGUGUCAACUCCCCCAGGGUCCUGUUACAAUCAAGCCCAAGUAGAUCACUUCCUGUAAUUUCUCAGGAUGCCAGGCAUGGGGUAGGCAGGGUCUGAGUACUUUCCUCCAGGAUCCUGGAAGGUGCAUUCAGUUCUGUUCUGAAAACCCCAAGGGAUUGCUUGAUGACAGGAAGCAGCCUUCUCCAGUCAGUUCAGGAAAGCAUGACAAAUGAGACCUUGCCACGUCCCCACUUCAGCCUUCUGGUAGUCUACCAUGGUAGUUUCCCAAACGACACUUUGGAAGUGACUGCAUUUGGCAAUGCUGUCAACCUACCCAUGCACAGCAAGUCGUAUGACAUACAUGUUCCCCUUCCUUGCUGUCUUGGACAUGAUCAGAAAAGUUUUUCAUGCAAGAUACUUGUUCUCUUCCUUGUACAUCAGCCCCUGCAACCACACUCUGCCCACGUACGUUGCUUCUGCUUUAUUUAUUGGACACAAUAGAUGUGGGCUCCUGCUGUUAUUGAAAGGUACUGGUGCUUCCUGGAUGUUUUUUUGGAAAUAGAUCCCUCUUUUGAAAGACACGGUGCUGCCCUCAGAACUCUGCUCCUUCCUCCCAGGUGAAGCUGGGGGUUUACUUUGCUGAAGCAAACCAACCAGCAUGUCCCAACCAGGAGCUCUCCUAGAAUGUAUGUUCCAUGGCAAAGACUUUGGAUCUGAUGAGCCUGUGGGGUGUAUGGAUGGAUACCUUUGAAAUUAUGGGCAUAUUUCUGCUCUUUCAAUAUGUUUGCACCUGGGUUUAUCCUGGUGCAGGUGUGGAGAAUUAGGCUUUGCAUCACCCUGUCUCAGAAGAAAAAGGUCAGGCCAUAUGCAGUGGGGGGCUUUCUGUUCUGCAAAGGCAUGCCUGUCUGGGAAAAGUGGCAAAGCAGUGUGCCCUGAGCACUGGCUGGGUUUUGACAGUGUGGAACGAUGCAAAUGGGGCUGUGCUGUGCUGGAAGGGCUUGCAUUACUCAUAUCUCAGGUGAAUGGUCUCCACCAUCAAAGCCAGUACCAAUUGGAUACCAGUCUAGAGUUCUGAGCUCCAGCCUCUCAUCACAGCCACAGGGCCAGCCAGAGAGCCAAGCUGUCCAUGAGCAGGGAAGUCAGUGCAGCAUGGUGUUGUCAGCCAGUGGGAAUGGGGCAAGAGCAUGCAUGCUGUGCUUGAGGGUAAGUGCAGGCAGAGGAGUCUUGCCUGCCUGAUCAUCCUGAGAAAGAGUAUAAGGCAAGUAACUGGCUAAAAUAAAUAUGAAGUGAACCCAGGUUGUUCCUGGCCCAGUGUGCCCCUUUCCUUUCUGAGACCAGGCAAACCCCUUUGGGAGCUGGGAUCUUGUGCAGCAUAGUUUCUGCCUAGCUUCAUGCUGGCAUUAGAGGCCAGCACAGCAUCAGAGAUUAUCCACACUGCCUGGGAGCCCAUCCCAUGGAGCAGAAUUAGACCUUUAGUUCCACACAGGGACCCUUUGCUGCAGCAUUUGGCUCUUCUAGCGAAGAUGGGACAUCCAAGAGCUGAGCCUGGCAGUGAGUCUCAGCAAACACCUUUAUUUAUCCAUGUCCUGUGAGUAGAACUCCAGACCCCACCCCACUGAUGAGCUCUGUCCUUACCCCCUAGGAAACAUUACCUGCCUGUUUUACUGAGCUGGUUUUGUACUUUGUUCAGAUGAGUCUCUCCACAACUGUCAGUUCUUUUCUUUAUAAUUACACACUGCCUCUGCUGUCAUCAUGGAUUUGCAGAAUUAAGCCUAUAAUUAACAACCAGGCUAAAACUCAGGAAACAGAAAUCAUAAAAAUGCCUGGGCUUUAUUGGCUGUUUCUCUACCUGCUGCUUCUGCUGUCAGGCCUCCAUCUCUAGGAAUGCUUCAACAGCAGCAAGGGCAGAAGUAUGCUUCCAGCAACACAAAGCACCCUCACUUUGCCAGUAGAUCAGGUGUCUGCCCCUACAGCAAAAUGCUAUGACCAAUUAGAAUGUAGUCCAAGGUCACAAGACAUUCUUUCUUAAGUCUAGCACCUGGGUUGAUUAGUAGUUGCUAAAAUCAGACCUCCCUGAGUUUUGAUCCAUGAAAUACUAGACCAGUAGGAGCAGAGCUGUUUCCUGAAGAGGCUUAUAGAGGACAGCAUUUCCCUUAAGCUUUACUUCAUGAUUGCAUUAGACCAAGAAGAAAUCCAAGCCUCAGUAGAAUGUGUCAUGAGUGAAGAGCUGCAUGUCACAGGCUAAAGUUCUGAACAUUCAGUAUGCCAAUAACAUUUUUAGUUGAAUCCAAGAGAUGUUACUACUAGAAGUUAUGACCAAGGAGAAAAAACGCUAAUAUCUAUGUACAGUAUUGCACAUGACUGCUCAGGAAAAAAGGACGCCACAUGUGGAAGUUAGCAUUGGCUUUGUAUGGCUUGACAAAGAUUCAAUUUUAGUGCUCAGAUCACAAUAUUCUACUAGUAAGGACAAGUGCUUAUGGAAAACAUUACUUCAGAAGAAUAAUCUUCCUUUUAUUUCUUUUAUUAUCAAUAUAAUUUAAAAAUAAAAAAUAAAAGGUUCAGAUCUCCAUAAACUGUCCUUAAAAACUGGCAAGUAAAAUCUUGGCCCUGUUGAAGUCCAAGGGAAUUCUGCUGGUGAUUUCAGUUAGGUCAGAACUUGAACCCACAACCCUGUAAUACAGGACAUAGGCAUUUCUUUUGCCAAGUUAGACUUCUGUACUGAGGAAGUUACACUUUCUUUGCAGAUCUGAAGAGCUCCAGGAUAAAAAUGAUAUUUCUAGAGAUUUCUAUAUUUCAUCCUACGUUCAACUGGAUUUAGUCAAAACCUCCUGGACAAUUUUAUGCAGCAAAGAAUGAAUUAAACCCUGUGUGUGUAUGUGUGUGUGUGUAAAUUGGCAUACACACACACACACACACACACACACACAUAUACAUACAUAUGUGUGUGUUUGUACUUGGUUAUCCUGACAUGACAUGAAAUAAUUUUGACUAUUUUUGUGUGUGUUUUGCAAACAGUCCCCGCGGGAAAGUGGCCUCUUUUGCAAUGUUAGUCCAAACCUUGUCCCUGUACAGCACUCGGAGGUGAUCCAAGCAACAUUUUUUAUAUUUCUGAAUGUUGUACUUUUUAACUAUUGCAAGCUUGGUAAAUUCUAAUAACUGUCAGAC